AUGUUCUUGACAAGAUCCGAGUAUGAUCGAGGUGUCAACACCUUCUCGCCCGAGGGACGUCUCUUCCAGGUCGAAUACGCACUAGAAGCCAUCAAGCUCGGCUCAGCAACUGUCGGCAUUGCGACAAAGGAAGGAGUGGUUCUCGGUGUCGAGAAGCGAGUGCAGUCCAAGCUACUCGAGUCGUCGUCGAUCGAAAAGAUCAUGGAGGUGGACCAGCACCUGGGCGCGGCGAUGAGCGGUCUCACCGCCGACGCGAGGACCAUGAUCGAGCACGCGCGUGUCACAUCGCAGAACCACGCCUUCACAUACGACGAGGAGAUCAAGGUCGAGUCGGUGACGCAGGCGGUGUGCGAUCUGGCGCUUCGCUUCGGAGAGUCGACAGCCGGUGACGAGGCCAUGAUGUCGAGACCCUUCGGCGUCGCACUCCUCAUUGCUGGUAUCGACGAGAAGGGUCCACAGCUCUACCACGCGGAUCCAUCGGGCACGUUCGUGAGGUACGACGCCAAAGCCAUCGGCAGCGGCUCGGAAGGUGCUCAGACCGAGCUGCAAGACAAGUACAGAAGGGACAUGACACUCAAGGAGGCCGAGAUCCUGUGCCUGCGCGUGCUCAAGCAGGUCAUGGAGGAGAAGCUGGACCAGAACAACGUACAGCUCGCCACCGUCACACCGAGGACCGCCAAGGACGGCCGCCAGUCGGGUCAGUUUGCCAUCAUGAAGGAGGAACCGCUGCAAGCGUUGAUUGCCGAGAUGUAG